AUGGCUUUUUUUAUUGAUUUAAAAAGUAAAAAUGAAGAGAUUCAACUGUUAGCGGCUGAAAAACUGAAGGAAUAUGUAACUAGCUCGACGAAAGAGCUCUCUGGAGAAUCAUUAUCGCGUUUCAGCAAUGACAUUAACCGACGAAUCUUUGAACUGAUUCACAGUCAUGACUCUCAUGAACGGCUGGGUGGAAUUAUUGCAAUUGGAAAGCUUAUAGAAGUAGAGAGUGAAGGAGAUGUCACAAACCUGACUAGAUAUGCAAACUAUCUGCGGAUGACACUACCAAACACAAACUUCCAUUCGAUGGAAGUUUGUGCACAGGUUCUCGGUAAUUUAGCAGCGACUGGAGGCACAAUUGCGGCCGACUUUGUGGAGUUUGAAGUCCAACGUGCCUUUGAAUGGCUUCAAGGAGAUCGCAACGAGCCUAAACGAAUGGCUGCUGUACUCGUUCUUCGUGAACUGGCGAUUCAUUCACCUACACUGGUCUACGUUUACGUCUCCGACAUCUUUCCGAAUCUUUGGGCUGCUCUUCGGGACCCAAAACCAGUAAUUCGCGAAACAGCUGCCGAUGCUUUGGGUGCGACACUGGAUGUUGUCUGUCAACGUGAAGCAAAGGUCCAGCUACAAUGUUUCAGUAAGGUUCUCAUGCAAGCUGAAUAUGGACUGAAGCAGGCCUCUGUCGAACAGCUGCAUGGAAGUUUACUGGCGUACAAAGAACUAUUUGAAAAGUCGGGCUCAUUCAUCAGCGGACACUACCAAAACUUCUGUGAGCUUGUGCUCAAGUUGAGGGAACAUCGCGAUGGUACCAUCAAUCGUACCCUUCUACUGCUUAUACCAACUUUAGCAGAAUACAACCCAACACAAUUCCGUAUUCGCUACUUGGACCAAUUCAUGGUUUUCUUGCUGCAGCAAAUUAAAAAGGACCGGGACAAAGAGCAAGCGUUUAGUGCUAUCGGUCGAAUUGCCCUUGCUGUAGGUGAGGCUAUCGUGCCCUACCUACAAACAACCCUUCAGCUCAUUAAAAAGACUCUUACAGCCAAAGUUCGGGGGAAGACCUCUUAUGAAAAAGUGAUUUUUGAGUGCAUUGGUCAAUUGGCCGCGGCUGUCAAGCUCGAGCUUUUUGAAGACUCGCGUAGCUUGCUGGGAUUAAUCUUCUCUUGUGAAAUAAGUGAGCAUUUGCGUGAUGCACUUGAAAAAAUGGCUGCCAAUAUUCCUCCCCUUCUAGCACCUAUUCAAGAACGGUUGCUGAAUAUGGUUAGUCAAAUACUAACAGGAAAAGAAUUUGAAAUUCGGCCAGAUGAUGCAUACACUCCCUGCGCUGCUGAUUAUAUAUCUCUCCAUCAGCCCGUUGACACAACUCAAGGUUCACGUCAAAUUAUUAUUGCAUUAGAGAUUCUGGGGUCUUUCAAUUUUGAAGGUUACUCCUUGGUUAGUUUUGUACAAGAGUCUGUUUUGCCGUACCUUGAGAACGACAAUGCCGAUGUUCGCGUGGCAGCUGCUCGGACCUGUUGCCAAGUUUUUGGUGAGGAUCCUAUUUGUCUGAAGACAACACCACUUGCCAUUGAAUCCGUUGCAGAGGUACUGGAAAAGUUGUUGACAUUGGCGAUUGCAGAUGCCAACCCGAGAAUUAGACAAACGGUUUUAUCACUUCUUGAUGAAAGAUUUGACAGACAUCUGGCUCAACCAGAGAAUAUCCGUUGCCUAUUUAUCGCCUUAAACGAUGAACUAUUUAAUAUCCGGGAGAUUGCUAUCGUCAUCAUUGGUCGUUUAGCUCAUUAUAAUCCUGCUCACGUUAUGCCCUCGCUCCGGAAAACCAUUAUUCAAUUACUUUCUGAUCUCGAGUAUUCGGGAAAUAGUAGGCACAAAGAAGAGAGUGCACGACUCCUACGGCUUUUAGUGUCCACUGCUAAAAAGUUGAUUAAACCCUACAUACACUCGAUAACACAAGCUCUAUUACCUAAGGCAAGGGAUCAGAGUCCCAGUGUGUCAUCAGCCGUAAUUUCUGCAUUGGGUGAACUGGCCUACGUUGCAGGUGAGGAUAUUUCAAACUCUGUUCGCAAGUCGUACAUGAGCUUGAUUCUUCAAACACUGCAAGACCAGAACUCAGUAGUGAAAAGGCUUUCCGCGCUGAAGGCUUUACGACAGUUUUGUGGUGGUUCGGGCUAUGUGAUACAACCUUAUCUUGACUAUCCUUCCCUUUUAAGUUUACUUAUUGACAUUUUGCGAUCCGAACAACCCGCACCUAUAAGACGAGAGGUUCUCAGGACCAUCGGUGUCUUGGGAGCCCUUGAUCCUUACAAAUACUUGUCUAUGUGGAGUCAGGAAGAGGAGGAAGUUUUCAGUUCUCGUGGGAGUACUUCAGAGUCUACGCUGCUAAACCCGUUUACCCAGUCAGGCACGCUGGAAUUUUAUGCCUCUGUUUCCGUCUCAGUUCUCAUGGUUAUUCUAAAAGAUCCAUCCUUAUCUAUGCAUCAUUCAUCAGUCGUUCAAGCCGUUAUGCAUAUAUGUUCCCAUGUUGGCUCCAAGUCGUUCGUUUUUCUGCCCCAAGUCAUUCCUACCUAUCUGCAUGUAAUGCAAUCUUUAUCUCCUUCAUCUAGUGAACUGUAUUUCCAGCAGUUAGCUACUCUUACAACGAUAGUUGGACCAAAAAUUCGUGAUUAUGUUUCUAAUAUGUUUAACGUUGCAAAAGUGUUUUGGGAUGGUGGCUCCUCUCUUUUAGUCGUUAUUCUCAAUCUCAUCGAAGCUAUUGCUGAGGCUCUGGCCGAUGAGUUUAAAUUCUAUUUACCUCAAAUUCUCUCUUAUAUGCUUACGGUCUUUGACACCGAUACUACACCCACUCGGGUUUGUGCACACAAAGUUCUCCAUGCAUUUGUUGUUUUUCAGACGAGUAUUGAGGAGUAUAUGCAUCUGGUACUUCCUGUAGUUGUUCGAACCUUUGAAAGGGAAACAGUUCCUCUUGCGUUAAGAAAAAGUGCAAUUAAGUGCAUAGCUGAUUUGCUCCAGACAGUAAAUUUUUCAGAUCAUGCCUCCCGUGUUAUUCAUCCUUUGGUCAGGAUACUUUCAAAGGGGAACCAGGAAAUGAAAAUGGCUACAAUGGAUACGCUAUGCGCAUUUGUCACCCAAUUGGGUUAUGACUACGCUAUUUUCAUUCCUACGGUUAACAAAGCUCUCUCACAUCAAAAAGUUCAGCAUGCAGCAUAUGAUUUACUCGUCUCUCGAUUGCUCAAAGGUGAACCGUUACCAAAAGAUUUAAUGGUACAACGUACUGCGGACGAAAUCGCGGCACAGCAGAGUCGUACCUUGGAUGAAAAUAUUGCUAAGCUUCCGGUUGAUCAAGGUUGUUUACGGGCUGCUUGGGAAACAUCCCAAAAAUUAACUCGAGAUGAUUGGCAAGAGUGGAUCCGUCGACUUAGUGUUGAGCUUCUGAAGGAAUCUCCCUCGCAUGCCUUAAGAGCAUGUUCUAGUUUGGCCGGUGUUUAUCAUCCAUUAUCGAGAGACUUGUUUAAUGUCGCAUUUCUUUCGUGCUGGAAUGAGCUCAGCGAAUCUAAUCGCAGAAGUCUGGUGAAAUCAAUGGAAACUGCGAUGAACGCUCCAAAUUUGCCUACAGAAAUUCUUCAGACGUUGCUAAACCUUGCAGAAUAUAUGGAACGUGAAUGCCACGCGUUACCUAUAUCACCAUCUGUUCUUAGCGGACAUGCUUCCCGUUGUAACUUUUAUGCAAAGGCUUUACAUUACAAAGAGCUGCAAUUCAUUGAGGAGCUAUCUUCAGAAGUGAGUAUCAACACUAUUGAAACGCUAAUUACAAUUAAUAACUGCCUACAACAGCCAGAUGCGGCUAUCGGUAUGUUACGAUAUGCGAAACAAAACAAUAAGCUUGAACUUCGUGAGACUUGGUAUGAAAAACUACAUCGUUGGGAUGAUGCAUUGGCAGCAUACACCAAACGCGAGUCUGAAGAAAACUCAAAUUUUGAAACAACGUUGGGUAAACUUCGUUGUUAUCAAGCCCUUGGUGAAUGGGACCAACUUUCAGACUUGGCUCAAACAUCCUGGAAAGAUGCUAAACAAGAACAGCGCGAAUCAUUGGCUCCCUUGGCGGCCGCCGCUGCCUGGGGACUUGGUCAAUGGGGACUUAUCAAUAAAUAUGUUGGUGCGAUGGAUCGAGAACCACAAGACAAGGAGUUUUUUUCGAUUAUUGAUGCGGUAUAUACGAACCACACCGAGAAGGCCUUUAUGCACAUGGAACGUUUACGGGAUAUUCUAGUAACAGAUUUAGCUUCCAUUAUUGGUGAAAGUUACAACCGUGCAUAUCCCAUUAUUGUUAAAUCACAAAUGCUUUCCGAAUUGGAAGAGAUAAUUGAAGUUAAACAAUCCGAAUUCGAUGAGGUCUCUUUCAAUUCUCUAAAGCGGACAUGGAUGAAACGAUUGGAUGGUUGCCAGCAUGAUGUGGAUAUUUGGCAUCAUGUGUUGAAUAUCAGAGCGCUCAUUAUACGACCAAAGGAAUCGCCUGAGAUGUGGAUCAAGUUGGUAAAUUUGUGUCGACGUUCAGAUCGAUUGACUUUGGCCUCUCAGUGUCUCAGUCAUCUGGUCGGUGAAUCAUCUUUGGACAACAUUGAUUUCGAAAAGCUAAAGAUGUAUAAUUCCCAUAUUGCUUACGCAUAUCUAAAAUGUGUUUGGGCAAACGGAAAAAGAGAAGAAGCCUUGAAUCACCUAUCCAACUUCACAUCGUAUCUGGCUAAAACAUAUGGAUAUGACGAGGAGACGAUGGGACAAAGACACGACCUGGGACUAUUAAAUAUCAGAGACACCUCUAAUGACGAUUUGAGCUUUCUUGCCCAUUGUUAUAAUAAGCAAGGCAAGUGGAAAAAGUUACUUGAUCAAGAUUUAAGCGUGAAUAAUGCCGAUGACAUUCUCAACUGCUAUUAUCAUGCAACUAUAUGUGAUAAGUCUUGGUAUAAGGCAUGGCAUUCUUGGGCCUUGGCAAAUUUUGAAGUAGUUGGAUACUAUGAACAAGCAAAGCCCGCUCUUUUUCCAUCAGGAUGCGAAAGUAAUAUUAUAUCUGCAAUAAAGGGUUUCUUUAACUCUUCAGUACUUAGUCCAAAGAAUUCGUUACAGGACAUUCUUCGCCUACUUAAUCUUUGGUUUCGGUUUGGCGACAAAGUGGAGGUUGAUACUGCGAUUAAUGAAGGAUUCUCGGUUGUACCUAUGGAUAUGUGGCUUGAGGUUAUUCCUCAAUUAAUCGCACGUAUACAUACACCCAGUACACGUGUUCGUAAGUCUGUUCAUCAAUUGCUUACUGAUAUUGGGCGCGCCCAUCCACAGGCGUUGGUUUACUCGUUGACCGUUUCUGCUAAAUCUACAAACGUUCACCGGAAAAACUCGGCGCAAACAAUUAUGGAGAGUAUGCUUGCUCAUAGUGGAGAAUUAUACCGACAAGCUUUGCUGGUGAGCGGAGAGCUCAUACGCGUAGCCAUUCUGUGGCACGAAAUCUGGUAUGAGGGACUUGAGGAUGCAUCCCGUGCUUUCUUCUCUGAAAGGGAUCCAAUGUUGAUGAUAGAGACGCUAAAACCAAUUCACGAAGUACUCGAAAAAGGACCUGAAACACUUUCAGAAAUUUCAUUUGCCUCUAUGUUUGGUUAUGACUUGCAACGAGCUAAACAGUUUUGGCUCCGUUAUUUGGAGAAUAACGAUAUGAUGGAAUUAAACCAGGCCUGGGAUUUAUACUAUCAGGUCUUUAAAAAAAUCCAGAAACAGCUUCCUCGUAUUACCGAAAUAGAAUUACAAUAUGUUUCUCCUAAACUUUUGGAGGCUCGUGAUCUUGAGUUGGCGAUGCCUGGAACUUACAAACACAAUAAACCCAUAAUUCGGAUAUCUCGGUUUUGUCCAACCUUCAAAGUUAUCUCCUCAAAGCAACGUCCCCGGAGGCUUACUAUCCAUGGAAGUGAUGGUCGAGAAUAUCAAUACGCCCUCAAGGGACAUGAAGAUCUUCGUCAGGAUGAGCGGGUAAUCCAAUUAUUUGGAUUGUGUAACACUCUUCUGACGAUGGAUAACGAAACUUUUAAAAGAAGACUCUCAAUCGAUCGAUAUCCUGUAAUCCCAUUAUCACCAAAUUCUGGCUUAAUAGGCUGGGAUUAUCGGGAAAGUAAGAACGUUUUGCUAAAUCAAGAACAUCGACUCAUGCUUCAAAUGGCACCGGAUUUGGACAGUCUUACUGUUCUUCAAAAGCUAGAAGUUUUUGAGUAUGCUCUACAGAACACCGAUGGUCGAGACUUGUAUCAUGUUUUGUGGCUCAAUUCACGCAAUUCAGAAGUAUGGCUUGAUCGUAGAACGAAUUACACAAGAAGUCUUGCUGUUAUGUCUAUGGUUGGUUAUAUUCUUGGUUUGGGUGAUAGGCACCCGUCCAACCUGCUAAUGGAUCGAAUUACAGGCAAAAUCGUCCACAUUGAUUUUGGAGAUUGUUUUGAGGUUGCUAUGUUCCGAGACAAGUAUCCCGAAAAAAUCCCGUUUCGGUUAACAAGAAUGCUCAUUAAUGCCAUGGAAGUCAGUGGAAUUGAAGGAAGUUUUCGAAUCACUUGUGAACAUGUUAUGCACGUUCUUCGUUCGAACGCUGAAUCGUUGAUGGCCGUGCUCGAAGCGUUCAUAUACGACCCUCUUAUUAACUGGCGUCUUAUGACAAAAAGACCUAACGAUGCUACAGAAACAUCUUCGACUCGUGUUCAGACCAGUUCAAUAGAAGAAAAGGGGCGUUCAUGGGGACGAAGAUUACGCUCGUCGAUGUUUACAUCUGCAGAAGAUGCUGAACAAGAUGUCGACAACGAAGGCCUUAAUCAACGUUCUCUCCAAGUUCUGAAACGUGUUUCUAACAAGCUUACUGGUCGAGAUUUUGAUUUGCAUCAAAAACUUACAGUAAAAGAUCAAGUGGCCAAGCUUAUUCAGCAGGCUACGGAUCACGAAAACCUCUGUCAAUGCUACGUUGGAUGGUGUAGUUUUUGGUAA